CUCUUCCGAAAUUCAACUCUCCUCUCUCUCUCUCUCUCUCUCUCUCUCGCGAUAGAAGCCAUGUACCAAUCAUCUCCGUCCACGUCAUCAUCGCAGAAAUCAUCGCUUCCGGGAGGCGGUCUGAUCCGGUACGGAUCGGCUCCGGGAUCGCUACUGAACUCCGCCGUCGACGCCGUCAUCGGGCAGCCGGAGAACUUCCUCGGCCAUUUCUUCUCCGGCGAUUCUUCCUCCCUCAGGUCGGAGUCAACCUGCGGAGUCAGCUCAUCCGACGGUCGGAAAGACCUCGGCAAAGAUCUUCUCGACAGAUCCUACGGCCUCGAAGAGAUCUCACAGCACAGGAGUUCGGAUAACGCUAACUCCGGACCUUACUCUCUCGCCCGUCAACGGAGCUCUCCCGCCGAUUUCUUCAGUUACCUCACCUCUGACAAAAACGGUUUUUCCGUGAGUCAACUCAGUCAAGGGACGGGAGAGUACAGUGGAGGAGGGCGAACGAGGCUGAAAACACAGCUGAGCUUCACGGGUCAUCAUGACUCACUGGGUCGGAUCUCGGAGGUCAACGAGUCGGCAAUCGACGACACCUCCGACCACUCCUUCGCUACGGAUUCGUGGGACGAUGCUUCCGGCGGCUCAAUCGGAUUCACCAUGACCCGACCCGCUAAACGACCCAGAGACACGGACCCUUCUCCCUUUUCGCAGUUUAGUAUAUCGGAUACAUCGCAUAGCUACAUGGAAAACUUCAUGCAACUCCCAGAAGAUUCAGUGCCAUGCAAAAUCCGGGCCAAGCGCGGUUGCGCAACUCACCCCAGAAGCAUCGCUGAGCGGGAGAGGAGAACGAGGAUAAGCGGGAAACUGAAGAAGCUUCAAGAACUUGUUCCCAACAUGGAUAAGCAAACGAGUUACGCGGACAUGUUGGAUUUGGCGGUUGAACACAUCAAAGGACUUCAACAGCAACUCGAUAAACUCCAGAAAGAACAAGGAGACUGCACAUGUGGAUGCGGGGAGAGACCGGACGAGGGAUGUGGACUCUAGACCGAUCAAGAUUCGUAACUGUAAUUAACGGUUUGAUUUCAUCAGAUUACAUUAAUGCCUAAUUUUCUCUUUUAAUCUGUUUUGUUUGGACAAUAUUUUCCAUGUUUUGAUGGAAAAAAAAAAACAAAAAGAUGGAUUAGCUAUUUUUUGCAUGGAUAAUGUUUCUUUCUCGAAUGAAUGACAUUUUUAGUUAAUCUUUAA